AUGCCUGCCAAAUCUAAGAAAUCAAGAAAAGCGGGGAAGCUGAGCAAAAGCAAAAGUAAAAGCAGGAAAUCAACAAAGACAUCUGCAAAAAAGAAAAAGCCAACAUCUCUUACUGUUGACCCUGUGCAACGGGAAGCGGCACGAUCCAGAGCUCUGGAGACACGUCUUUACUUCCAACUUGCAGAUAUUUCAAACAAGAAAGUCCAACUUCAGAGAGCACACGAUCUUCAAGCUAAUGCUGAGGCAGAACUGCAAAACUACAAGCAGACUAUGGAAGAGGUCUCAGCCUUCACUACUUGGCAGCACGAACACACUGUAGAAAAAUUGACAGAUCGACUGCGAGAACUCACCAUGGCUAACGCAAGCCUUACACAAGAGAGAAAUGACCUCCAAACCAAACUGGAUGCAACAUUGGAGGAGUCAAAAUCCACUAUUGCCGCUCGAGAUGCGGAAAUCGCAAGAUUGAAUGAGUUGAUUAAAGACUCGUAUUAUAAAUACGAGAGGAUGUUCGAAACGUUUGCGGAUCGGUUGAUGGAAAAGUUGACUGAGGAGUGGGAAAGUGAAAAACCAUUUUUGCAAGAUCUGGAGGAGUGUACAUGUGCAGAGUAUAUGCAAUGUGGACUGGAAUCCUGUAAAACAAAUACCUUUUUAAGCUUAUCCAGUUCUCUUCAUAAUGUAUUCUUCAAAGAAACUUAUUUAUUCAGCGAAUUCAAUACAUUUAAUGGUAUUUUAGGUAAUACGCAAAAAGAAAUUAAAGCUAAUCCAUUUUUGGACCAAAAAAUCCAAAUGUAUGAAAAAAUUCAUGUUUUGGAAAUUAUCCAACAAACACAUCCUUAUCAUUCCUAUAUUCUCUCCUAUCAGUACCUCGAUCAUCUACUGAUUACUUUUCAGUAG